AUGAUGACGUGCGCCCCGGCGCAUGGCCACUACCGUUAUGGCGAUGGCUUGGUUCACUACGGUGGAAUCAAUGGUGGCCGUGGCCAUGGUCAUUUUCCUUGGGGUUCUCCGUAUGCGACUGGAAACUAUCAAAUUUCACCAUCGAAAAUGACCAAAUCAACGACAUUGCUGAUUGCUCUUGUUAUUCUUUUAGCACUGUUAGUUUUUAUGCCUGAUCCAGCUGAAGCUAGUUACUGUUAUGAACGUUGUUCGAAACAUGGUUAUUGGCAUGGAGUUCAAAAAUACGCUUACUGUAUUUGUUAUCACAAAAUGAAACGAGACACGACAUCAGCAGCAGCAACAGCCGCAAAAGUUUGA